UUGGCUGCCCACGCCAGACGCAGAGGCUGAGCAAACAAUCAAUUAUGCAAGUAUAUAUUCAGGUAAUCUUUGCUAUUAUAGUCAGUACGUGUCAAGCCCAAAUAUUACGUAAACUACGUAUAAGCAAGAAAGGAGAUUAUCGUGAUUAUGAAGCACUAAAAGAGUUAAUGAUGCGAAGUCAUAUAGAAAGUUCAGCUAAUCCGCACUUUGAAACACCAUUAGUUCCUUAUAAACCAACAAUUCCUUAUAACCUCAGAACAUACCACUUACCGAAGAAUUUCUAUACAAAGCCAAUGGAACAGUCUCAUCUUCUUCACCAAAAAGUUGAAGCUGAAAAAGAUAAAUAUAGACUUAGUCAAGUGGACAAAGUUACACUAAAACAACUAGCAGAGGACGACCGACAACUCAUAGAAAGUCACCUGACGCCAUCAGAGAGACAAUAUCUACUAUCCCGACUGGAAACCGGUGAAUUUGAUUCAAUUGUAUUCCAAGACAGGUUUGGCUUGCCCUCCUUUGACCUAAUUAUUUCUGCUAUUGAAAAGAUUGGUGCUGGAGCAGGAAGAUAUAUAGGUGGGAAACUGGCCGGUGAGCUCGGUGCUAAACUAGGAGCAAGUGCAGGAGCAUAUCUGGCUAUUGCUGCGGCAAAUAGUCUCACAAAAAAGAAAGAUGAUCCCCCAAAAAAGGCUGAUGAGGCUCCAAGUGAAAAAGGAUUUCUUGGUAAAUCUUUUGGUUUAGGUGGCAUUUAUGGUGCUAUGUUGUUGAAAAAUUGAUUUUAAUAAUAAUAAUGCCUUAAGACAAUUUAAUACAAGAAAUGUUAUAUAAAAGGUAUUUUAUAUAGGCUUAUGUUAAUUUCUUAACAUUUUUUGUUAUUGAUUUAAUUACCAUUUCAAAAUCAUCGUUCAGUCACGUUUGGCUUACCACUCAGGAAAAUUUUAUAGUUGUCGGCAACACUUUUAUAAUUGAUAGCAUUGUUCAUACGAUUUAUUUUAAAUAUGAUUUGAUCUCAUUAUUCGUGUGUAAGUAGGUAAGUACAUUUUAGUAACGUUGCUAUA